AUGAAAACAUUAUUAACUUUUUUCAUUCUUUUUUUUUGCAUUAUUGGUAAUUCAAAAAAAGUAUAUAAAAGAUUAUUAUUUUAUAAAAAAUUUAAUUUUUUUAUUAAAAAAUAUUAUAGAUACAGAAAAUCAAAAAGUAACAAAAAAUAUAUCAAUUAUAUUUCAAAACAUACAGAUAAAAAUAUUAAUAUUUAUAACAUAAAAUCGAGAAGUGAUGAAAAAUACAAAUGUUAUUUUUCUAAUAUUUUAAGAAUUAGUAAUAUAAAAAAGCGUAUAAAUUUAUAUAAAUUAAUUAAACCAUUUGUUUUAUCAAAAAUAAAUAUAUAUAAUUACUACUUUAAAAGCAUUUAUAUAUAUAUAAAAUCAUUUUUAAAUGUGAAAAAUGAAGAAAAUAAAAGAAAUAUAAUUUCACAAAAACAUAACAAAGAUAGGUCAUUUCUAAUAAAUGAUAUUCUUAAAAUAAUAAAUAAAAAGAAAAAUGAACUGAGAAAUGUUUUUAAUUAUGGAUUUUUUAAAAAAGACCCUAUUCUUUUAAACUAUGAAUUAUUCAUUGAAAUACUCAAAAGGGAUGCAAUAAAAUUGAAUGUUCAUAUUAAUCAUUUUACUUUUAUAUAUAAUAUUGAUGAAUUAGAUAAAAUUUAUAACAAUUUAAUAGUUAAAUAUCUGUAUUUAUUUAAAAAAAAUAAAGAAAAACAAUAUAUAGAAAAAUUUAAUACAAGAAAUUACUACAAUUCUUUUAUUCUAAUUUAUCCUCCACCUAAUUUAUCAGGAAAAUUACAUGCAGGACACUUUUUUAAUUUUAUAUAUCAAAACAUUUUUUUUCUUUUUAAUAAGCAUAUUUUAUCAAAAUAUUCCAUUCCUUUUUUUGGUUCUGAUCAUGGUGGUUUAAGUACUCAUGAAAUGUUCUCAAAAAUAUUUAAAAAGACAAAUUUAAGUAGAGAAGAAUAUUUAGUUGAAAUAAAAAAAUGGCAAACAAAUUUAAAAAAAAAUAUUUUAGAAAGUAUUCAAAAAAUGAACAUCGUUGUUGAUGAGAAUAAUUUUUAUAACACAAUAGAUGAACCAAUGAGAAAUAUUGUUAGUAAAUCGUUUUAUAUUUUAUAUAAAAAUAAUUUAAUAGAAAGAAAAUUUUAUCCAGUUUAUUAUUGUAAACAAUUAAAUACUAUAAUACCAUAUUUUGAUUUAAUAUUUAAAAAAGAACAAAAAGAAAUAUAUCAAGUAAAACUAUAUUUAAUAAAAAAAGAAAACAUAAAUAAACCAAAUGAAAAUAAGGAUACCGGUGAUUAUUAUGGAAACUAUUAUGAUUAUAAGAAUAAUCAUAAUAAUUUUAGAAAAUAUAAUAAUGAUUAUAUUAAAGAGUCUAGAUGUUCUGAAAAUAGAAAAGAAAAUAUUAGAUUGAAUUUUGAUAAGGAUAAUAAAAAUGAUGAUAUUAAAGAAAGUAAGGAUUCGAGUAAAGUAAAAUUUUUCCAUAAAAAAAUAUUUCAUUUUGAAUAUUUAAAUGAAAUUGAAAUUAAUUCAAUUAAUAAAUUACAUUAUAUUAAUAUAGAAUUAGAAAAUAUUGAAAAUUUAAAUAGAUUAAUAGCUAUUUUAUAUUUUUCUAAAAAAGAAAAAUAUCAAAAUAAAUAUGCUUUGUUACCAUUAUCAAAUAGAACAGUGCCUUUAAUUUUUCAUAAAAAGAAAAAUUUUUAUUCUUCAUUAUAUGAUAAUAAGGAUAAUGAAGAGGAAGAUUUAUUUAUACCUGUAUUUUCAUUAAAAAAUGAGAACACAAACGAUUUCAAAAAUAAAGAAUAUACUUCUACAAAUAGAAACUACGAAAAGAAAACACAUACUGGAAAUCCAGAAGAUAAAAAUAGCAUUCUUCUUGAAUUAAAAAAAAAUAAUUUAAUAAAAAUAAUAAAACAAGAAAAUAGUAUUGUGAAAUAUGCUUAUUAUAAAAAUUAUAAAUGUAUACUAACAUUAUCCGAUCAAUGGAAUAUAAAGUUUCAUGAAUUAAAUAAAUUAUUUUCUAAAAGUUUUAAUAAGGAUUUUACUAUAUUACCUUCAAAAUUUAAAGAUUGUUUUUUUGAUAAUUCAUUGAAUAAUAAUGAAUGGUUUUUAAGCAGACAGAUUCAUUAUGGUCACCAUAUUCCUUUAUUUAAAUAUGAGAAAUUUGAAACAAUAGAAAAAGAUAUAACAUCGAACAGAUUUUCUUGUUUUAUUUAUGGAAACAAUAUAGAUGAAGCUUAUGAAAAUUUAAUUAAAUCGAAUUACUUUGAAAAUGAUAAAAUAAGGAAAGAAUAUUUAAAAAAAGAAGAAGAUGUACUAGAUAGCUGGUUUUCUUCUUCCUUAUACUUUUUUUAUUGUUUGUAUAAAAAUAAAAUUGAUUUAUAUAAAUUAUUAGAAGUAAAAAAUUAUUUAGUUGAUUUUAUUUACACAGGUAAAGAUAUAAUGUAUCCAUGGAUUAUUAGAAGUUUUAUUCUUCUCAACUAUUUUAUAAAAAAUGAUUAUAUUAAGGACAUAUUAGAUUAUGCAAAAAAAAAUCACAAUAGUAUGAUUGACAAUAGUAUAAAAAAUAAUAAUAACACCAAUAAUACUAAUAGUAAUAUUUAUAAUAUUAAUGAUAUUAGAAAUGGUUUUAAUAAUGAUAGCAAAAAAUAUUUACAAGAUAAAAAAGUGAAAUAUUUAGAAAAAAGUUAUUUAGCUAAUAUUGUAAAAUUUCACGGAAUUUUAAAAGAUAAUAUAGGAAAAAAAAUUAGCAAAAGUGAAGAAAAUUCUACAUAUUAUAAUAAAUACAUAGAAAAUACAAAUAUUGAUUCUAUAAGAUUAUCUUUUAGUUUUCUUCAAAAAGGUACAGAAGAUAUUAUUUUUUCAGAAAAUUUUAUUCACAAAAGUAACAAAUUUAUUAGAAAAAUAUGGAAUAUUGGUAAUUUCAUAAAAAAAAAUUGUUCUUUUAAGUUAUAUAUAGAAAUGAAAUGUUAUUUAUUAAAUGAUAAUCAAAGAAUUCAUGACUUUUUAAAAAAAAAGGAAAUUCAGAAAAUAUCAGAUAUAGGUAUAUUUGAAAAAUAUUGUAGCACUAUAAAUUCAUUUAUGCAUGAAAUGAAAUCUCAUAAUAUGUCCACAAGUAUUAAUAUAAUUUAUACUUUUGUAAUGAAUUUUUUCUCCAAAUUUUAUUUAAAUUAUUAUUUAUAUGACAAUGAUAAUAAAAAAGUAAAAAAUUUUUUAAUAUUUCAUAUUUUUAAAGGGGUUUUAAAAACUCUCUAUCCAUUUAUUCCUCAUAUAACUGAAAUUUUGUAUACCCAACUUUAUUUAAAAUAUGAAUCACAUAAACAUGUACCAUUCAAAUUAUUAUCAUGUAAUUAUAAUUUUUUUGAAAAUCAAAAUUUUAUAUUAAACGAAAAUUUUGAGGAAAAAUAUUUUGUUGCCUUUGAAGAAAUUUUUAAUUAUCUUCGUAAUUUUAAAAAACGUAUGUCUUCUAAUAAAAUAGCUAAUAUUUAUUUAAAAGAAUAUCAAAAAAAAAUUUCAAUUAAUUAUUUUAAAAAUGAAGAAAAUACACUCAAGAAGGCUUUUGAUAUAAAUGUAUCUUUUCAUAUUUUUGAUAAAAAUAUGUUAAAUCAACAUGAGGAGGCAUAUAAGAAACAAUCAAAACAAAUUUUAUAUUGUAACGGAUAUUUUGUAAUUCUAGAAUAA